UCUCCCGCCCACCCUCAUUCCACAGCCCUGUAGAUGGGAGGGGCAGAUGCAGGUCCCAGUCAGAGGGAUGGGAUGGAGGGGCCAGUGCUGACACUGGGGCUGCUGGCCACCCUGGCGGUGUGUGGCAUCUGGGGGCUGAACGAGGAGAAGCGGCUGAUCCGGCACCUGUUUCAAGAGAAGGGCUACAACAAGGAGCUCCGGCCCGUGGCACACAAAGAGGAGAGUGUGGACGUCGCCCUGGCCCUCACGCUCUCCAACCUCAUCUCCCUGAAAGAAGUUGAGGAGACCCUCACUACCAAUGUGUGGAUAGAGCACGGCUGGACAGACAACCGGCUGAAGUGGAAUGCUGAAGAAUUUGGAAACAUCAGUGUCCUGCGCCUCCCCCCGGACAUGGUGUGGCUCCCAGAGAUUGUGCUGGAGAACAAGUUGAGCCAAGCCCUCCCUGACCUCCUCUCUGUCACCCUGCCUCCUUUCCUUAAGCCUCCUCUGCAUCCCCCAACUCUGCCAGUCCUGAGUCGCCAGAGCUCACUGUGGUUCUUGUCCCUGUUCCCCAGCAAUGAUGGCUCCUUCCAGAUCUCCUACUCCUGCAACGUGCUUGUCUACGACUACGGCUUUGUGUACUGGCUGCCACCUGCCAUCUUCCGCUCCUCCUGCCCCAUCUCUGUCACCUAUUUCCCCUUCGACUGGCAGAACUGCUCCCUCAAGUUCAGUUCCCUCAAGUACACGGCCAAAGAGAUCACCCUGAGCCUGAAGCAGGAUGCCGAGGAGAACCGCACCUACCCCGUGGAGUGGAUCAUCAUUGACCCUGAAGGCUUCACAGAGAACGGGGAGUGGGAGAUAGUGCACCGGCCGGCCAGGGUCAACGUGGACCCCAGAGCCCCUCUGGACAGCCCCAGCCGCCAGGACGUCACCUUCUACCUCAUCAUCCGCCGCAAGCCCCUCUUCUACAUCAUCAACAUCCUGGUGCCCUGUGUGCUCAUCUCCUUCAUGGUCAACCUGGUCUUCUACCUACCGGCCGACAGUGGUGAGAAGACAUCAGUGGCCAUUUCUGUGCUCCUGGCUCAGUCCGUCUUCCUGCUGCUCAUCUCCAAGCGGCUGCCCGCCACAUCCAUGGCCAUCCCCCUUAUCGGCAAGUUCCUGCUCUUCGGCAUGGUGCUGGUCACCAUGGUUGUGGUGAUCUGUGUCAUCGUGCUCAACAUCCACUUCCGAACACCCAGCACCCACGUGCUGUCUGAGGGGGUCAAGAAGCUCUUCCUGGAGACCCUGCCAGAGCUCCUGCACAUGUCCCGCCCAGCAGAGGAUGGACCCAGCCCUGGGGCCCUGGUGCGGAGGAGCAGCUCCCUGGGAUACAUCUCCAAGGCUGAGGAGUACUUCUUGCUCAAGUCCCGCAGCGACCUCAUGUUUGAGAAGCAGUCAGAGCGGCACGGGCUGGCCAGGCGCCUCACCACUGCACGUGGGUUCCUGCUGGUCUUGGUUUUCAGCCCAUCUGUGGGAGGUGGGGGCAGGCCUCACACCCACUCUGGCCCCUUGUCCAUAGGCCGGCCCCCAGCAAGCUCUGAGCAGGCCCAGCAGGAACUCUUCAAUGAGCUGAAGCCAGCUGUGGAUGGGGCAAACUUCAUUGUUAACCACAUGAGGGACCAGAACAAUUACAAUGAGGAGAAAGACAGCUGGAACCGAGUGGCCCGCACAGUGGACCGCCUCUGCCUGUUUGUGGUGACGCCUGUUAUGGUGGUGGGCACAGCCUGGAUCUUCCUGCAGGGCGUUUACAACCAGCCACCGCCCCAGCCUUUUCCCGGGGACCCCUACUCCUAUGACGUGCAGGACAAGCGCUUCAUCUAGGGUGGGCCUGUGGGGGAGCCAGGAGACAGCAGGGUCUGAGAGAGGAGCCAUGGUCCCUAAUGAGACCCACUCAUAGCCCUGAGGCUCACGCCCCUCAGACUGGGGAAGAGUCCAGGGAAGGAAGGGAGCAGCCACUCCUCAAUGCUCAAUGGCUCCCCUGAAAUCAAGACAGGGCCACCUGAGAUGGUCUGAGGGUGGACACCGGCUACAGCAGGUGGGCAGGACGAUCUGUGGGGAAGUAGGAGGCUGGCUCAGGGGCCAGGGAGGAGGCCGGCUCAGGGGCCAGGGAGGAGGCCACUCAGGGUGGCCUCACAGGGAGAACUCUGAUAGGGGUGAGACAGAUAGGGCCCCUUCUCUGCUCCUCCUCCCACAAGGUGUGGGGUAGAGCAGGCAGGAAUCUGCGCCUUCACUCCCUGGCUCCUCCAGCCUCCCUCUUCCCACCUACCCUUCAACCUCAGGCUUCUGAGGCCUCACCUGGGACUGAGGUUGAGGACACCUCCCUCCCUCAAGACCCCAGAGUAUCCUUUCCUAGCUUUUUCUGCCUUGACCACUCUGCCUAGGUCCCUUUGGGAAGUUGAGGACUGGAGUGGAAAGGUCAGGAUUGACAUCCACAAAGACUUGGGGUCAACCUGAGGUUGCACACACAAUCCUAGAGGACCAGAAUGCAGCACCUCUCCCCAAAGGGCCCCUGCCCCCCAGCAUCUACUCCUCCCCAAAGUAGGGUUGUCAUACAUUAUUUGGGGCAUAUUCUAAAAAAAUCAUUCGUUGUUUCUCUGAAAUUUGUCCUGUAUUUUUAUUUGCUAAAUCUAGCAACCCUAUCCCAAAGACAGCCUCCAUUCAAUCCUAUCCUGAGGGCCAAAGGCCAAUGCUGCAGGAAUUGGGAGACAAGGGUCUGUUUGUAUGGCAGCCCACCUCCAAGAUGGCCCCGGUGAUACCCAGUAUUCACACUCUUGUGCAGUCCCCUCACUCUGUACCAGGGUGGGUCUGGGUAACCAACAGAAUGAGGCAGAAGUGAUGGUACCUCACUUCCCAGAUUCAGUUAGGAAAGACACUAGGGCCUCUUUCUUGCUCAUUCACCCUCAUUCUCACAGCAGUUGGAUCUCUCACUUUGGGGAAGCCAGCUGGCACGUUGAGGAGCCCUAUGGAGAGGCCCACACGGCAAGGAAAUAAGGCCUCCUGCCAUCAGCCACGUAAGCGAAGGUGGAAGUGGAUCCUCUGCCCCAGUAGGGCCUUUGGAUGAGAUCACAGCCCAGUAGACAUCUUACGUGCAGCACCAUGAAAGUCCCUAAGCCAGAACCACCAGCUAAGUGGCUCCUGGAUUCCUGAUCCCCCAGAAACUGUGUGAGAUAAUAAAUGUGUGUUGUUUUAAGUAACAAAGUUUUGGUGUCAUUUGUUAUACCAGCAAUGUGACCUUGAGUGAGCUGCUCUUCAUCUCUUACCUUCCAUUUUCUAAUCUGCAAAAUGUGUGUCUAGUGAGUCCUAGUCAUGGGGUGUUGUGAAAAUUGAAUUUCUAGUAGUAGCAUUUUCAUGUGACCUGCACAUUUAAUGGGUGGUGAUUUAACCCAUUUCCCUCAGUGGGGAAUUGGUGACCUCAUUAACUCAGAUAUAUAGAAGGUGAGAUUUUUAAUGUUUAGAUGUAACCAAGGAAAAAGAAAAACCAUUUAAAACCAAAACUGACCCCAGUAACUUCUGCCUUCCAGCAUGAACUAUAUUCACAAAAUUCAAGGUACAAAUCUUUUAUUUUCCUGUCUAAAUAGGAAAGCCAGUUUGUUCUCACACCCGUCAGGUGAGCAGGAAGUCUGAGACUUCGCCAGGAAUAGUCCAUCAACUCAGGGAGGGUCCGUCUUAAGUACAGGGAUGAGAGUGAGUCUAGGGCUCUCAGCCACAGUCUUUGCUUCUCUCUGCCUCAUGGUGGCGCUGCUGGCAACAGGUCUUGGUUCAACCACCAGCUGAGUCCUCAGUUCUAUUAGGCCCUGCUCAAGUGGCUGUGGACUUCCAGAGAAGACAAUCCCAAAAUGUCACACAAAACUGGGGGGGUGCCUCUUGCACAGACUCCCAGGGAAACCACGGUUUCCACCAGCAGCACCCGCUCCCCCAGCACCGUGGUGCUCUCAGGACUGGUCCACUCUGACUGACAUGGAACUCCAUAUUCUGUCCCCAGGAAGUCAUGCUCAUGGGCACAGCUUUCCGGGAAGCCAGAGCGUGUUCCUUACUCUCUCCAGACCAACAGGGCUACCUGCUCUCUUUCAAUGGACAGUGAAUCAGUAAUACACUGGGAUGCAAGGAACAGAAAGCUCAAGGAAUUGUAGUUUAAACACAAAAGGUUUCCUUUUUCUCACAUAAUAAUAGGGAGGCGGAGGUGAUCACACCGCCUCAGCUGUCUAACAAAGCUAUCAGGGACCCAGGCACUUUGCCAUCUGCCCAGCCCUGCCUCCAUGGCAAGCUGGCUUCUGUCCUCAGACCUGUUGGCCCCAGGUUGCGAGCUGACAGCAACAGCUGCACAAUUAGCACCUAUGUUCAGGCAGAAAAGGGCCAGCCAUUUCUGACCCCUUUCAUCAAGAAGCAAAACUUUUCCAGAGGCCGGACAUAGUGGCUCACGCCUGUAAUCAUAGCACUUUGGGAGGCCAA